CCAGCCUGCCCCUUGCCUUUCUCAGGUGUACUUGACAAACCAACACAGCAAACGGCCUACAUACCUGCUUUCUUCUUCUUCUUGUGCCUUCUUCUUGUGCCUUCUUGUUCUUCUGCCCCUUGCGCCAGCGUGCACUCGCGUGUGCUGAGGGGAAGUCAUUAUGUCUGACUCACAGCGCCACCGUCAACAGCAGCAGCAGCAGCCGCCACCGCAACAGCGAGGCACGCGUCCUUCUGCAACAGUGCCACAACACUUGCAGCAACAGGGCGCACACCUUUCCCCGUUCUUCUCCGGGUUUGGUUUGGCGACAGGCGUGGCGCAGCAAGCAAACGUCGCCACCUCCUUUCAGUUCGCACGCGGUGGCACCUCCUCUUCCUUUGGCGGACAAGCACAGGUGCAGCGGCAGCCGCCCCUGCCUCACCCAGAGGUUGGUGCAACCGGCCUCGGAGGACCCCCAGCCAUGGAAGGACUCCCGGCACCCCCGCCAGAGCUCUGUCUGGAACAGUCCACCAACAGCCUCUUCCGGCUGCUGCAAGAGGCAGACCCAAACCUCUCCGUGCCGUCGCUCUCGCAAAUCGAGGGCCUCAGCUUGGAAGCGCCCUCCCUGCACGCCUUUGAGUACCCGCCACCAAACCACGACCAAAACUCAAACUCCAUCAUCCAGGCCCUGAACCUCGGCAGCUCCGUCAAGUUCAACAACUACCGCCCAGCACCCAUUGUCCACGACAACGGCCACCAGCAGCGGCGGCAGCAGGACAGCGCGCCCUCUGCUGGGAAGAGCCCAUCCACCGCGUCGUCGGCAACGGCGGCAGCAACACUGCUCCCAAGCGGCAGCCGCGAUGCGUCCAGCCAGGGCAAGUCUCCCUUCAGCUUCUUGUCACAGGUCCGCCGCUCGUCAAACGGAAGCUUUGGCAGCACCGAGGGCGGCCUGGGUAUGGGCAUGGAUAUGGGCGCAGACAAAACGGGGGCAUCGCCCAGCAGCGCCAGCGCCACCACGCCAACCUCCUCCGCAAAGGCGUCGCGAUCGUCCAAGCCGGGGCGCGGCGGGAAGCGCGGCGCAGCAGAUGCAUCUGGCAGCACGCGCGGGCGGGGUCGUGGGCGUGGUAGCCGUGGUCGAGCGGCGGAGACAAGUGGGGCAAAUGCCCAGCGUCGCUCAAAGGCAAGCACCAGCAGCGGUGGUGUUGCUGCUGGUGGCAAGACAACAACAACAGCAGCAGCAGCAGCAUCGACAGGAAUGUCUGGUCCGCCAACCAAGCAGAGCAAACACCGGGCAGCCAACGGUGCUGGUGGUGGCAGUGAUGGAGGUGCCCGCAGACGAACAGCAAAGGAGGAAGCACCCGGGUUUGCCAUGUUUGGAAAGCAGAUGGCGCAGCUGGUGUCAGACCCGGCAAUGUUGCAGCAGCAGCUACAUCAACUGCAACAGCUACAGCAGCAACACCAACUGCAACAGCAACAGCAACAACAGCAGCAACAGCAGCUUCUUGGUGCUGGCAUGGGCGCUGGUCUUGCAGGCAAUCUCGGUACACCGGCCCUGCUCGUCCCACAGCAACAAGGACAAGGACAAGCGCAAGCACAGCAGCAGCUGGCAGCAACGCCCCCAGCAGGGCACGACUCUGCGCGUCAGAGUGUAUCGUCGCAGCAGGCGGGAUCGCCAAAUCGUCCGUCUGCCAAGCGCCGCUCCUCUUCAACCUCCGUCGACUCGACUGGCCUUGAUGCGAAGAAGCCGCGCGGGCGGCAGUACCGCAAGCAGCCCAACAGGGAAGACUUUGACACGGAUGAUGCCUUCUCCGCAGCCUGGUCCGAGUGGCGUGCCAUCCGCGAACGAAACAACGCCGCUGUGCAUCGGAGCCGGGAAAAGGCGAAAGCGCGCAAACUGCUGGACAAGCAGGCGCUUGAGGAGCGGGAGCGCGAAUUCCAACGCCUCAAGACGGCCGUGGAGAUGUUGAAUAAGAACGUGCAGCUGCUGAUCAAGGCGCGUCGCUCGCCAGAGCAGCUCACGUCGCUGGAAGAGGCGUGGCUGCAGACGCUCUGCCACUCGGACACGGGCAUCCUGCUUGCGUCGCAGUGCGCCCUCUUUGCGUGACAGCGCGUGCUGCACGCUACCUGGCGUGUGCUGAUCACUGCCGCGCGACUGGCGGCAGCACUAGACCUGUCAUGUGCGUGCGCUUGCGGUCGUGGGGCUGCAGCCGUGCGUGUGUGUGUCGUGUGCCGUACGUAAUGUUACUUUGUACUGUUUGCAGCACAGGUUUUGCAUCAUACCUGUUUGUUUACUCAUGCCAUCUGCCUCGCUCACUUGCUUGCUGGUACUCGUUCAGCUUUCUUAGUUUGCUGCUUGCUUUCUUUCCUCGCUUGUCAUUAAUCAAAACGUGUGCGUGCCACUAUGUGUGUGUGCGAGUGGAAGAAGGAAAGUUGUGGGUGGUGUAUGUGUGCGCGCGCGUGCGUGUGUUCUCGUGCUUGGUCGUUCGUUUUGUCUGCUGUUUGAUGACCCGCCUUGCACGGCGUUGUGUGUGUGUGUGUGUGUGUGUGCUGACUCUCAUUGGAUCUGUCACGCCGCUGUGGGCGAAUCGCGCUUGCUUUUGCUUCCGCUUCUCACUUGCUUGUGUCCCCUGCUCACCGCUGUUCUUCUCAAAUGUUCGCGCUGUUUGUGGUCUCAGUGGUCAACAGACAAUAGAAUACAUUGACAUGAGAA